AUGCGAUAUUUCCCUCUUAUCCCGAGGCUAAAAAGAAUCUACAUGUCACCAGAAACAACAGAAGAUAUGAGAUGGCAUGAUACAGAGCGAUUGGGUGAAGAUGAUAAGAAGAUUUUGAGGCAUCCUUCAGAUGCCUUAGCAUGGAAGACAUUUGAUGAGCGUCAUAGAGAUUUUGCAUUAGACCCUCAUAGUGUCCGAUUCGGUCUUGCGAGUGAUGGGUUUAAUCCUUAUCGUUUAAUGAACACCACUUAUAGUACGUGGCCAGUGAUGUUGAUUCCUUAUAAUCUUCCACCAUGGUUAUGUAUGAAACCAUCUUCUUUCAUUUUUUCCACACUUAUUCCCGGAAAAGCAAGUCCUGGAAAUGAUAUUGAUGUGUACUUGCAGCCAUUAGUGCAUGAAUUGAAAUUGUUGUGGACGGGGGUUGAAGCUUUUGAUGCUUUUGAAGGAAAGAAAUUUAAUUGCUUUGGACUAUUAAUGACUUUCCUGGCUAUGCAAUGCUCUCUGGGUGAAAAAUUUUGUGAGAAGUAUGGAACUAAUGAGCGGGGUAAAGCUCCAUCUCGUCCUAGCGGGACUGAUUUAUUGAGUGAACAAGAGAAGGUCGAGUAUGUUUAUGGAAAGUCGAAGGCACCCCAGAAAAAGAGACAAAGAGGAGAUAAUGAUAACAAUGAUGUCCAACAUGAAAGUGCUUUUGGUAAAAAGAGAAGCAUAUUCUUUGAUUUAGUGUAUUGGGAGCAUAAUCUUUUAAGGCAUAAUUUAGAUGUAAUGCACAUUGAGAAAAAUGUGUCUGAGAAUAUUUUGGGAACUCUUCUUAGUAUGGAUAAGAGUAGAGAUAGUAGGGAAGAUCGAAAAGCUCUUGAAAAAUGGAGAAUAAAGCCUCACCUUUGGCUUAGUACUAAUCCUAAUGGAAGUGAAUACAUGCCUCCAGCUUCCUAUUCUAUGUCUACGGAGGAGAAAGAGAGGUUCUUAAAUGUUCUGCAGAAACUUAAAGUUCCGGAUGGAUAUGGAUUCAACCUCUCUAGUUGUAGGUUGUGCUCUACUACUAUUGAUCCAGAUGAUUUAGAUGAUCUUCAAGAUGGAAUUAUUUUAACUCUUUGUAAGUUGGAAAUAGAGUUCCCGCCUUCAUUUUUCACAAUCAUGGUCCAUUUGUUGAUUCACUUAGUGGAGGAGGUUAAACUUGGUGGACCAGUGCAAUACAGAUGGAUGUAUCCCAUUGAAAGGUACUUGUUCCAUUUGAAAUCACAUGUAACGAAUAAAGCCCAACCUGAAGGAUCUAUUGCGGAAGGCUUCCUAUUAGAGGAGACAAUUAUGUUUUGUUCGAGAUAUCUUGAAGGUGUUAAGACCAUCUUUAACAUACCUACGAGGAUGGAUGAUGAGAUUUCAAAUUCCAAUGAUUACUUGUUUAACACUUGUGGUCGAGUUGUUGGGAAGGAGGUCACCAUUCGCCUUGAUGACAAAAGCUUAAAACAAGCUCAUCGCUACGUUUUACUUCACUCUGAUGCGAUCAAAGGGGAUAUGGAGUAA